AUGGUUAUAAUUACUUGCACUAGAAUAGGUUUUCCUGUGCCUUCAUACAGCACUUUAAAUAAAAGACUUCAAGGUCUUGAAAUGAAUUUUGGAGUCAUCAGUGACAUGAUUGAACUUUUGAAAAUUAAAGGAGAAAAAAUGAAUGCUAGUGAUAAAGACUGUAUUUUAUCAUUGGAUGAAAUGGAGAUUUCUGGCAAUCAUGAUUUUGAUAUUUCAAAACGUAAAUUUAUUGGUAAAUGUACAUUAGGAAAUCAAAAGGGUGCAGGAAAUCACUAUUUAGUUAUUUUACUAAGAGGUCUGAAGCUGAAAUGGAAGCAAGUGGUUUCCCAUGAGAUAACUGGACAGGUAACAGGAUGCCAGCUGAAACAACUUGUUGUCAAUGUUAUCGAAGCUGUCAUUUCUGUUGGAUUUAAUGUUGUUGGUAUUGUUAGCGAUAUGGCAGCAAUGAAACUAACUUUUGAAAGUGUUGUUGAUUAA